AUGGAUGUAAUUAGAAACUCAUGGGCAGGUUGCGAAUCUCUAGUUCGGGAGAACACUCCAUUCGCUCGGGGAUGGACGGAUGGAGCUUAUUUGUUGGAGGGGACUCCAAACUGCCUCGUUUGCACCUUCCAGUUUCUUGAUUGCAGGCUUUUGGACGGACCGACGGUGGGAGUACAAUGGUACCAUGAGCCGAUCCCAGUACAGCAGAAACAAGAAGUCCACCCCCUGAAUCCACCUGAGUCUCAGGGCAGGCACAAGAUCGCUUUUGGUCCGCGAUUAGCUUCUUCUCCUCCAUCUGUGCACGCGCCACGAGGCCUUGCUGUGAUCACUCUAAUGCUACCUCAUUAG